AUGGCUUAUCCCGAAAUCUAUAUCCACAACGACGAAUACUGGAUCACCACGUGGGUUAUCAUCUCCAUUACUAAAUCCUUGAAAGGACCAUCGACUGAGCGCAAUCGCAUCCAGGCUGCUCUAGACACUCUCAACGGCGACAUGGACUUUUUCAUUGCGCAUAGCCCUCCAAUUCUUACGCGCCCCGAGGACCGCUUUGUUGUUCAGGUCGAGUUGCUCUAUGGGGCUGUUGACGCCCUUGGUGCCGCCCGCACCUUGGCUAUCGACGAGCUGGAGCAUAGGCUCUCCCUGCUCACUGGUUCAGUCUACUCACACCAGUCCCACGGGGACAGACUCAUGGCCAAAGGCCACGUUGCUGCAAAGUCACCGCGGGUAGAAAUGGUUUGGAUAGUAGGGCCCAGUUCAAGCGAGGCCUAG